AUGGCCAAAAUAUGCCUUCUGACCAAAGGGUACUAUUCAUGAAAAUCAUCAUUUUGAAAACUCUUGAUCUUAUUUUGACGCUACGAGACGAAAAAUAAAGAUACCAACGCUACUAGAUACACAGAAUGUGCGCUAAAGGCUCUAGUUUUUUGAUGAAUGUAUUUGUUUGCCUAUUAUACUAUGAAAAAGAUGAGAUAUGUGCGAAAAACCUCAUAAACACUUUUGUCUAUUUGCUCAAUAUUUUAGCAGCAAAGUGGUUAUGUUAUCUAAAUCAGUAGACUCAGAAGACAUAAAUCUACAACUUUUGUUAUUGUAUUAGAACCAAAUAACUGCAUAAAGAUGCAAUUCUAAGCAAAGACUCUAAGUCAAAAGCAAGUCAAAAGCAAGCCAAACCUGCCAGAAAUUUCAUUCGGAGAUAAUAUCGUACAUGUUUCGUCACUCGUCUGAAUCUAAAAAUUGUAAUAUGGCGCUAUGUAAAAUUUGUCUCUGUACUAUCUACAACGGUGUUUCUGGUGUUGCUCUUGGUGUUCUUGUUGUUGUAGCUAGUUCUCAUACCCUUGGGUAUCUAUUCAUCCUCUUUUUGUUUUUAUUAUCCUUUUCUGGCGCUUCGACUGGCCUCGCCCAGUAAGUGUUUAAGACUUGUUUCUCCUAUUCCCUAGAUAAGUAAGACUUGAUGAGUUCCAUAUUGCCUUGAUGUGGUGGUCCCUGUUACCAAGAGCUUGCUUUACCAUUUCAUACGCCCGGGUUCCUUAGGGUACCAGGGCUAUAUUACUAACAGUUUUUUUGGUGUUCUCAACUUGUUGUAUCAUCAAAGACACUUACAUACGUUGGUUUUAAAUCAACAGUGUUUGUGUAUCGC